UUUUACGGCAGAUUGGUAGCGUUACUCCAUCGCACUUGCAAUGUCAACACUCGGACGAACAUUGAAGAACAUCAUGCGUGCUGGCCCUGCCAGCGCAUGGAAGCAACUUAACACCAUGGGCGACACUAAGUUUGGUGCAUUAAUAGGCACCGAUGCCGUUGGCAACAAGUUCUUUGAGAACAAUGAUGAAAUCUUCGGCCGUGAGCGUUGGGUCGAGUACGCCAGCAGCGAUCCUGAUCCGGCUCAAGUUGCACCUGACUGGCACAUGUGGCUCACCAAGUUCGUCCAAGAACCUCCUACUGAAAUGAACAUCCAGCCAAAGAAGUUCUGGGGUGAGCCAACUCCCAACUAUACCGGCACCCGUAACGCCUAUGUGCCAUACAACACCGUCAGACCCAAAUACAACGCCUGGGAGCCCGAGGUUAAGAGCAGAGAAUAAAUACACACAGUAGAUCUUGAUUUAUAAACCCGUCUCGAAAAACAAAUCAACCGUUUUGAAU